UUGGCUGACAGAGUUAGCCAAAGGCUCGAUCGUCGCGCCAUCCGGUGUCAAAAAUUGAGAGGCACGAAAUAAUAAUAUUACAUAUAACAAUUUUUACAACAGUUAGUUCCAACUUCCAAGACAAUUAAAAAAAUAAUAAUUAUGAAAAUUCGUCAACAUUACGAAAAUUUGCAAUUAAUAUAAUACCCAGUUAAAAAUGUAUCAAAAGUUUAAUUUUUAAAGCUACGCCUUGUAAAUUUAAUAUAACGUUCCUCAUAAGUCAUAAGUCAUAGAGUUUACAAGAUCAAACUUUGUGUGGUAUUUUUGGAUCGAUUCGUUGUUAUUUGACAUUUCGGCACAAAUACUAUAUUGCGAUGAACACUCAAAUUUUAAACGGUGAAUUGCACGGAACUGUAGCACUGGUAACAGGUGGUGGUCAAGGAAUGGGUCUCGCAAUUGUCGACGAGUUGCUAAAAAACGGAGCAUUCGUGUCUUUAUUAGAUAUUAACGAAGAAAUAGGAAAUAAUGCGAUCAGUUUAUUAGAAACCAAAUACAAAUCGUCUUCAAGUAGAUUAUUAUUCAUAAAGUGUGAUGUUACCAAUGAAAUCGAGUUCGAAGAUUCUUUUAAGAAAACUAUUGAAAAAUUUGGAAAAAUAAACAUCGUUGUUAAUAAUGCUGGUAUCAUGUCCAAGUACUUGACUUCAUGGGAGCUGGCCAUCGAUUUAAAUUACAAAGCAGUAGUCCGUGGUACCAUACUAGGUCUCAAGUACAUUGAAAACAAAGUAGACAAGAACUCUGCGGUAAUUAAUGUAGCAUCGAUAGUUGGACUAUCCAACACUGUCUUACCCAUGUAUCAAUCGACCAAAAGAGCUGUUAUCGACUUUACGAAAUGUAUUGGAUGUCCGUUCAAUUCGAAAGCGACCGGAAAUAACGUUAGAGUCAUGGCCAUUUGUCCAGGCGUAACGUUCGACGGUUUCGAAAACAACAUUGAAGGGAAAAAAGCUUUAGAACAAGAAAUUGAGGAGUUAAUUACGAGUGGCGAAGAGAUCCCGAAUCCAAAUAGAAAACUAAUAAUACAGAGCACUGAUUACUAUAAAGCUGCAUUUCUUCACGUUAUGAAAAACGGUAAGAACGGAGACAUUUGGAUAGCCGAAAAUGAAGAGCCUCCGAGACUUACACAUUUCUCUACUCAAUAUUAAAAUAUAUCGACUCCUAACGGAAUUUCAAUUUUCUAUAUUUUACUGAUUUUGAUAAAAUGAUUAAUUAAAACAUUGAUUUGAUUUGCA